AUGAUAAAAUUAAAAAAUUCUGAAGCUCAAAAGACUAAGUCUAUUUUUAAAUUUACUCAAGCUGUUUCUGAUCCAAAUAUACCAUUAGAAGAGGUUUCAAAUUCAGGACCAUAGACUCAUUCUAACAAAGAAAUAGAGAUUGACAUAGAUUAAUUGAGUUAUUAGAAGUUGUUUUCUUCUAAUGAAAUAGAUUAAGAAAUUGAUUUCUUUGAUUCUAGAUAAUCUAACUCUUAAAUGGGAGUGAGUCCUGGUUUGUCGAUUACGUCAUAUGAUUUAGAAUAAACAGACAAAGCUCUAGAAAUUUAACCAUAUGGAAGUGUUUCAUACAACUAAAGGGAGGUGCCACAAAUAGUUUUGGCUCUAAGAAAGCGUAGACCUGCUCAAAUUUAAAUUGUUUAGACAAUAUAGUAGAAUUAAGAAUCUUGCAAAACUUUAUCUAAUUUUUCGUUACCUGAUUUAUCGCCUAUGCAAACCAAAAAGUUGCAAGUAAAAUCAGUUAUGGAGUUCUCAUUAUUUGAUAAUGAUGAGGAAGAAAUCUAUAGUGUAUUUGAAGACGAAUUCAACUAUUAUGGGACAUUACCAUAAUCAAAAAUAGAUUUUUUGGAUAAUUUGCAUAAAUUUUUAGUUUUAUAUAAGAUGAGAUCAGGAACAUUCCCAAAACAACGUGAAAACUUAGAAAAUGAAAUGAUAAUAUCUAUUGCAAUGAAUUUAUCUAAGGUUGACAAAUAGCUUUUUAAACAAUAUUUUCCGUCUAAAAAAGUCUUUUUCGAUGAUGAAAAUGACUAUACAAGAAUUAAGAAAGUUAAACGACAACAAAAGAGACAACUUACUUUACUUGGGACUCCUGAUUUUCAAUACAUAAAGGACGAUAGAUGA